AUGGACGAGAUUGACGUUGCUCGUAGAUAUGCCGGACAUCCGACGAUAUUCUCUGUCCGAUUACACCAUGGUGGACAGUUUACAAAGUUCCCUGGAAGAAAGUACAUCAAAGGCAAGCAAAAUUAUGUUGAUUUACUAGACAUUGACACCUUUUCCAUUCACGACAUUGACGAGAUGAUGGAGGAACUUGGGCAUAUUGAUUCAGACCAGACACUACUUUAUUAUCAUUUCAUGAGACCAUUUGGCGAUUUGGAUUUUGGGUUAUUUGCUUUUCGUUCAGAUCAGGAUGUUCAUCAUUUGGGUACGUAUGUUGCUAACCAUAAGCUAAUAGAUUUGUUCUUGGAGUGGAAUGACUCUCCAAUUGAGCAUGAGAGUGUUCCAGACCUAACAGAAGUUGAGAAUGAUAGUCAUUUGGACAAAGAACCAUCUUUGGUCGACCAUAUUGAUUUUGAAAUGAAUAUAGAGAAUGAGGAUGAUUAUGAUGGUAGUGGAAACAACAAUGGUAGUGGAAGUGAUGAGUUUGAUGAUGAUAAAUGGGUUGGAGGUUCUUCUGAAAGUAACGUACCUGAAGAUACACAGCAAGCUUUGGUUAGUGAGCCCUUCUACAUUUUUCAAACUUUCAGUUUAUCUAAGGACUUUAAGACACAAGUGAAACUACAUUCCAUAAGGACAAGAAGGGAAAUACAAUUAGAGAAAAAUGAUAAGAAUAGGGUUAGGUUUUUGUGUAAGGGCACUAUACCAUAUCUUGCUACUAAUGAAGAAGAGAAAUGCCCAUGGGUUAUCUAUUGUAGUAAGUGGAAGCGUGACAUAGAUUGGAUGGUUAAGAGAUACACGAAGGAGCAUCGAUGUCUACAAACAAGGAAAGUCAAAGCAUGUGACUAUAAGUUCCUUUCAAAGCAUAUAGUACAAGUUAUUGAGACAAACCCAAAGACUCCUAUUAGAGCUUUACGAGAGCAACUCCAACGUGAGUACCAGAUGGACAUUUCGCAUAUGAAAACCUUUGGGGCAAAGCAGAAAGCUUUAAAGCAUGUUCAAGGAGAUAAUGCAAGCCAAUACAGGUUGUUAAGGGAUUACAUUUUAGAGGUACAGGCACGUAACCCAGAUACUAUGGUUAAAAUUGAUGUUGAAAGUGAAGCGAAUCCAACUGUUGAGACAAUAACAUUCAGACGUAUCUAUGUUUGCAUUGGAGCUUUGAAGCGAGGUUUUGCAGCAGGAAGAAGGGACUUUCUUGGACUUGAUAGAGCCUUCGUGAAAGGUCCAUAUCCAGGCCAAGUCUUGUCUGCUGUGGGUUUGUUGCCUACGAUUGCAACACUAUUUCCAUGUGCAGAGCAUCUAUAUUCUCUUCGUCACAUACACGACAACAUGAAAAAGAACUGGAGGGGAAAGGAGUUCAAGGAUCUUCUUUGGGAAUGUGCCAUGACCUCUAAUGUACAACACUUUCAUCAAGCAAUGGAAAAACUAAAGAAACUUAACAAUGACGCUUAUGAGUGGCUGAAACAAAUACCUCCUCAAACAUUUAACAGCAAGAUAGAAGAAGGUCGUGAUGCACCAAUCAUUAACUGCAUUGAGUUCAUUAGAGAGUACAUUAUAAAGAAGAUAGUUAAAGUUGACAAGGAAAUUCAGAAAGUUGUAGGUCCUUUGACUCCUACAGCUACAACAAUAUUGGAUAAGAUAAAGAGUCAACAAAGUUGCACGUGCAAAAGGUGGGAAUUAAUAGGAAUUCUAUGGAAACAUGGUGUGGCUGCUGUUUGGGACAUGAAGAGGAAUACCAAAGAUGUGGGAAUCCCAGAAUCAUUUGUGUAUCCAUGUUACUGGUUAUCAAGCUGGAAAGAGAUGUAUUCUUUUAAGGUUAGUCCAAUCAAUGGAAGGUCCAUGUGGGAGAAUUCAACUAUACCAACAACUCUGUUGCCUCCAAAACAUCGUGUUCCUAUAGGAAGACCAAAGAAGAAGAGAACAAUAUCAAUUGUGGAAAAGGAGGACUUUGUUAGAGGAAACACAGCAUCAAGGGCCCAUAGAUCAGUAACAUGUACGAAGUGUAACAAUGUUGGUCACAAUGCAAGAACCUGCAAAGGGCAAAGACCAAUUGUUGGUGGGGGUGGUGGACAGUCACGAGUCAAAGGAAAAGGGAAAGGGAAGGCAACCACUUGA